AUGGGUAAGAGAAAGGUCAAGACACAAGAUCUCGAGAGGAGAAAGAAAAUAAAGCAAUCCCAAGAUGCUCAGCUAUCAACUGGUUUGUUCAAGGGUGAUAUUGACGGAGUGGAGGAAGUAGAAUAUACCAAUGGACAUGAUUGGGAGAAUGAAGAACAGGACUAUGAAUUGAGGCCGAGAAAAAUGAAGGAAAAACAUCUUAUUGAAGCGUCGUUACCUAUCAAGAGAGAAGAUGGAAGAGUGGAGAGGGUCUUGAGAGAAGCCGAGAAGAAGGAGGAGGAGAAUGAGGAAGACGAGGAUGAGGAGGAAGCAGAAGAAAAGGUGGUAGAGCAGAAGCAACAGGAGCAAGAAACACAAGAGGAAGAAGAUGAAGACGCACACCUUUCGCCAAGGGAGAAAUUGAUUAAAACAAAAGAAGAGAUUGCCGAACUUGGUUCAAAAUUGAUUGAAAAUCCCGAAGAAAAUAUCGCCUGUUUAACACGAUUGCGUAAAAUGAGCGAAUCGAAAAACUUUAUGACUUCACAAUUGGCUAUAAUGGCACUUUUACCCAUUUUCAAAUCAUUGGCUCCGUCAUAUAGAAUAAGAGCAUUGACUGAUGCCGAAAAGAGAGAAAAAGUGAGUCGAGACGUGGCCAAAUUACGUCUGUACGAACAGACAUUGGUUGUCAACUACAAAGCCUAUCUUGAUUUGCUUGCCACGUACUCAAAAAUAUCUUAUUCCAAUUCAGCAAACAAUGAUAAAAUCACUACGGACCAAUUGAAACGAGGUAAUCUAGCUUUGAAAGCAGCCACUGAGCUAUGCACGUCUUCUUUACGACAUUUCAAUUACCGCAAGGAACUAUUCACGAUAUUGAUUAAGAGACUCAAUAGGAAACCGGCAUAUGAGCAAGACUUACCCGUGUUUAUCAAAUCGGUACGGGCAUUAGAAACGUUGCUCAAAGACGAUGAAGAACAUGGCGACAUCACGGUGGAUAUAAUCACCGUCUUGACCAAAACCAUCAGAGACAAGAAAUAUCGUGUUGAUGAAUCAGUUGUCAAUAUUCUCUUAUCCGCAUCAUUGUUGGCUGACUACACGCCCAACGACGGAGACGACGAUAAACCAAAGAAGGUGAAAUUGAAAAAGAAGGAUCGCGUCCAUUUGUCAAAGAAGGAAAGAAAGAAUAGAAAGGAACGCAAGGAGAUUGAAGAGGAAAUGCGCCAAGCUCAACAAGCAAUCACGGUUGAACAACGUGAAAAGUUUCAAGCACAGGUAUUGAAAAUGAUUCUCAUGUGCUAUUUACAAAUUUUGAAGGCGAGUCAAGAUGAGGAUGAUGAUGACGAUGAAGGCACACAAGAACGCCAAAAUGCAUCUCCAUUAAUCGGCAGUGCUUUGAGAGGACUAUGCAAAUUUGCCCACUUGAUCAAUGUCGAUCUCGUCCCCGAUGUGUUCCUCACCAUUCGAGGCAUCAUGGUGGACAUAAUUGAAGAUUUCAACACCAAAAUGCUCGGCGACUGUAUCCACGCGCUAUUGAACACGGGAAACCGCAGAAAACAAACGGUCCUGGAACCGAGGGCUAUACUGCAGUUGUUACAGUCGAUGAAGUUGCACACCCCCGAAAUCGCUACCGAAAGAUUGAUUUACGAGUUUAUUGGUCGGUAUGGUGAUAAACGAGAUGAUGAAGCGUGGGAAGAUGUCUUGAUAGAUAGACAUUAUAGUCCCAUGGUUAAAGAAUUGAAGAAAAAGAGGAUAUAA